AUGGCUAGCCUGGGGCAGGGUUGGAGGGUGGGGCAGUGGCUGAGUAACUGCCUGUUUCAGUUAGCACCCUUGUUACCUUGGGCCCAUUCCAUGCUGAGGUCGCUGGGGCAAAGUCUCAGUCCUUCAACGGCCAGCAUGGCCCAGAAAAAAACAUGAAGCUGUUCUUGGGGGGUGGGGGCGAUGCCAGCCCAGGGGAAGGAAAUCUUUGAAAAGUGGCUGAUCCAGGUCAAUGGGGUCCUGUCAGAUUGGGAUAUGUCUGAGGAAGAGAAGCUCAAGUGCAUGACAAAAACUCUUAGGAGCCCUGCCUGGGAGGUGAUACAACAUCUUCAGGCAGCCAAUCCCAACUUCGGGGUAGCCAAUUUCUUGUGGGCCAUGAAAUUGGUGUUUGGGGAAUCUGAAAGCAGUAUGACAGCCUGUGGCAAAUUUUUUAACACCCUGCAGGUGCAGGGGGAGAAAACUUCGCUUUACAUGAUCUGUUUAGAGGUGCAGCUACAGAAUGCCAAUUAGACAAGCAUCCUAGCUCAGAAAGAAGCUAACCAGAUGCACCUGCACUAGCUCCUUUCAGGGGCUGAACUGAACAGGGACCUGCGGCACAGGCUUAAGCAUCUCCUCAGGAUUUAUGCAAACGAUCAGGAGCAGCUUCCCAAUUUCCUGGAGUUAAUCCAUAUUAGGGAGGAAGAUGAGUGGGUUGACAUGCCAAAGUGGCCCAGAAAAUCUGAGCCAGUAAUGGAGAGGGCAGCCAGCCCUGGGGCAUUUCAGGGCCCCCAAGCAAUAGUGAGUGGCAGUGUUAAUUGCCACUGCAAUGUGAUAGAGAUAGAGGAUAGCCUCAAUGAUGACUUAGAUGAAGGCUUGAUCCUAGUGGAACCUAGGGACUCUCCACUAUCUAGCCCUGGAGCCCAGAACCUUCCUGGAGGCCUUCUCCUUCCAGAAUCACUCCCAGCAGCUCUGCUCCCACCUGGCUUCUUGCUGCCUCUCCAUGCAAACUCCCACAAUCUCACAGCACCCCCCUUCUCCCAGAGUUACACUCAGGGCAAGGAGCAGGUCCGGGGGCUCAGGAAGCGAGGAGGCUCAGCCUCUGGUGUUCUGCCCAUCACCAGCUCCCUCCUGCCACUCCAUGUUGUCCUGAAGCUUCAGUCUCUUUGA